AUGGGUAUGUUAUCCGAAUUUGGGGAGUAUAGAUCAGCCGGUUGGAUUUGGGAUGUGCAGUUUCGGAGGAACUUAAAUGACUGGGAAUUAGAGCAGUGGUCGAAUUUGAUGGCUGUUAUUUCAACUUUCUCCCUAUCUAGGGAAACUUCUGAUGGGAUGAUUUGGAAAGGCAUUGGGGAUGGAGUGUACACUGUAAAAUCAGGUGUUAAUCUAUGUUCAUCAGAUUCUUUGGGAUCGGAGGUCUAUUUUUGGAAGAAGAUUAUUUGGAGGAGUCAGCUACCUCCUAGGGUGGAGACCUUUAUGUGGCAGGUUGUUCUAGGGAAACUGGCUGUUAAGACACAACUUAUUAAAAGAGGAAUUCAAGGAAUCGAAGAUGUGUUAUGUCCUCUUUGCAAGAUGGAGGAUGAGUCUUCCUCGUAUUUGUUUUUCUCAUGGGCUGUUAUUUGGACUACUUGGAAAAUUAGGAAUCUUAUUGUGUUUGAAGGGGGAAAUCCUUCUAUAGGGGACUCUUGUUCUCUCCAUUCUAAUCAAAUUAUUUCUAUUUUCCCUUGGUCUCCUCCUCCUAUGGGUUUUGUUAAACUUAAUGUUGAUGCUGCUACUACAAGAGAUUGGAAGAAAAGUGGGUUAGGAGGAGUUUUGAAGGAUUCCUCAAGAUUUAUUUUAGGCUCUUUCAAGGAUUCUACUGGUCCGGGGCCUCUGACAUUUAUGGAGCUAAAAGCUAUUCAAAAGGGUUUGUUAUUCUACACUUGUUUUCGAGAGCGGAUCAAGGAGCGUUUGAUUAUUGAAAGUGACAACAAGGUGGCAGUGGAUUUGGUUAGGGAGGUUGAAUUAUGUCCGAAUGUUUAUGCUUAUAUUAUUAAAGACAAUUUUCAUAGACUUAAUGUAUUUGAAGGUGUUAUUAGAUGGGUUAAUAGGACGGCCAAUCUAGAGGCUGAUGCCUUAGCUAAAGAAGGAAUAGGCUGA